AAAAAUAAUAACUUUCAAAUUAUAAAGGGCUGCACUGUCAAAAUAAAAACAUUAUGAAAGCAUUGAUAACAGUAUACAAUCGUAACCUCCUGUACUUUUAAAAUUAAUCAUCAAACCUAAUGAUAGAAACUGACUUUUAAAUAUAUAUAAAUGGUUACGUUCACUCAGUCAGAUUUUGAAAAUCUUAUUUAUGAUGAUCAUGAGUUCCAAAUACCAAAAAGGAGUGUCUUCAAUCCUCCAGACAUGAAAAUAUGGGAACAUUCAGAAGCUUAUAUGGAAUAUAUGGGAUUUAUUUUGGCCCUGAACAAAGAAGCCGCUGGCAUAUCCAAUACUGGGCUCUAUUCUAGAUCUGGUGUUUUAAAUGGCAUCGUAUACGUUUUAGAUCAAUUAUGGUUAUGGAUCGACGAUAUCCCACCUGUAGCACAACCACAACGAUUUGGAAAUAAAGCUUUUAGACAGUUUUAUACCAAGUUAAACGAGGAAGGCACUGCUCUUCUUGAACUAUCAACCCCGAUUGUUUUUCACACAGCUCUGAAGGAAAUUAAGUACUAUUUCUUCGAGGGAUUUGGCAAUUCCACUAGGAUUGAUUAUGGUACUGGUCACGAAAUGUCAUUCUGCAUGUUUCUCUGUUGCUUAUUCAAGAUAGGAGCAUUAAAACAAUCUGACAAACAAGCAACAGUUUGCUACAUUUUUAAAAGAUAUUUAGAUGUUGUGAGAAAGCUACAAACCGUAUAUAAUAUGGAACCAGCCGGUUCUAGAGGUGUCUGGGCCCUCGAUGACUUCCAAUUUAUACCAUUCUUAUGGGGCUCUUCACAACUUAUAGACCAUCCUGUUAUAGAAACUAGCAAGUUUUAUCUUGAGGAUCUAGUCAAUAGAUAUGCUGAAGAUUAUCUAUUCAUGGGAUGUAUAAAAUUCAUUAAUUCCGUGAAAAAAGGACCUUUUGCGGAGCAUUCAAAUCAGCUUUGGAAUAUCAGUGGUGUUCCUUCCUGGGGAAAGGUUAACGCUGGUCUUAUCCGAAUGUAUAAAGGAGAAGUAUUGGGAAAAUUCCCGGUGAUUCAGCAUGUCUUAUUUGGUACAGUUCUACCGUUCAGUAAAUGUACGCAGCCUCCGACUGAAAAAGUAAUCAACGCUUUCAAAACUCCCGGGACGGAAUGUAAGCCGAAAGGAUUAUUCUCAGGCAGCGAGAGUUCCAUUUCAACAGACCCCAAGUCGGAAGAAAGUAAGAGUACGAAAUCUGACAACUCUGUCGGAAAUGAAAAGGGCGCCAGGGAUUGUUCUGAUACAGUCGCUCCUUGGGCCAAGGCCAAGAAUCUCUAAUGCUAAGGAAAUGUAAUUUAAAAAAAUAAAAAGUAUUGAAACUAUCUUUACAAGUUUAACAUUAUUAAUUAAUUAAUAGAUUUAUUUUAAUUACU